CUCCCAGAAUGCUCAGCGCGUUCUGCAUAAAGCUCAGCCUUCGGAGAAUCGUGGUGUGCGCGUGCGUUCUUGUGGGAACUGCGCCUCCCAGAAGGCACCGCGCGUCGUCCUUCUCUCCCUCCCUGAAGGCCGCCUCGCUUUCCCAGUGUGUCUGUGGUCCGCGAAGCUCGGGUCCACUGUCGUUUCCGCCAUCAUGCUGCCCGCCUUACUGCUUCGUCGCCCGGGCUUGCGCCGCCUGGCGCUUCAGGCGCGUACGUACGCCGAGGCCGCGGCCGCCCCUGCUCCCGCCGCCGGGCCCGGACAGAUGUCCUUCACCUUCGCCUCCCCGACGCAGGUGUUCUUUGACGGUGCCAAUGUCCGGCAAGUGGACGUGCCUACGCUGACUGGGGCCUUUGGCAUCUUGGCAUCCCAUGUCCCCACACUACAGGUCCUACGGCCUGGGCUGGUAGUGGUCCACGCGGAAGACGGCACCACAACUAAGUAUUUUGUGAGCAGCGGCUCCGUCACUGUGAAUGCGGACUCCUCUGUGCAGUUACUAGCUGAAGAAGCUGUGACACUGGACAUGCUGGACGUGGGGGCAGCCCGGGCCAACCUGGAGAAGGCGCAGUCAGAACUGUCAGGCGCAGCGGACGAGGCAGCACGGGCUGAGAUCCAAAUCCGUAUUGAGGCCAAUGAAGCCCUGGUGAAGGCUCUGGAGUAGGCGGUACAUGUCUGUCACCCACAGGGAAACUGAGGCAGGUCCAGGACAAUGAAAAGUUCCCAGGGAGCUGAAGUGGCCACCAGGGGGCAGCAGUCCUCCAAUUGCUGGGCUUAAAGCUUCCUGGUGCCUGCCUGCCAGGUCAUGGAGGUCUUCUCCCCCAGUCUGGGAUCCCUCCGAUGCCUCUGGAGAGAUGGCCUUGAUUGCCCCUCAAAGCCACCUGAACAGUCAGCUUACCCAGCCUGUCUCCAUUAAACACUGGGAACCAA